CUUCCAUCAUGGGAUAAAAAGCUUUUUAAUACACUAAAUAAUCUACAUUUAUUCGAUUCUUUCAAACUGAAAUUUGAUCAACUUUGUAUCAACUAUCCAACAUUCAACUCUUAUAAAUCAACAUCUUGGAUUGAUUAUAUUUGGACAUCUACGAUAAUGGUGCAGCAUAUAUUAGAUUGCAAGACGGUUGAGGUCACUUCACAACUAUCAGACCAUUUGAUUGUUAUUGUAAAAUUUGAAAACUUCUUGGACAUUAAACAUAACCGAAGAAAUAUUCCGUUGAAAAGAGUCUUUGAUUUCAAUAAGAUGACGGAAGAAUCUUGGAAACUAUUCG